GUAUGAGUUCUCGUGAGUUUAGGUCACGUGCUGAGCCUAACCUGCUUGGAGCUCGGCUUCCGGAAAUCUGCGUGUGUGGGAGGGUGCGGUCCCCGCGCGCGUCGGCGGAGCCUCACCGCGGGAAUGAACGGGAUAACCCCCGGCCAGGAGAGGACACCGGCGUCGGAGCCCGUGUGGGAGCGGCCCUGGUCGGUGGAGGAGAUCCGCAGAAGCAGCCAGAGCUGGUCGCUGGCGGCCGACGCGGGCCUACUACAGUUUCUGCAGGAAUUCUCACAGCAGACUAUCUCUAGGACCCAUGAAAUCAAGAAACAAGUGGAUGGACUAAUUCGGGAAACUAAAGCCACAGAUUGUCGCCUACAUAAUGUCUUCAAUGACUUCCUUAUGCUGUCUAAUACCCAGUUCAUUGAAAACCGUGUAUAUGAUGAAGAAGUGGAGGAGCCAGUACUCAAGCCUGAGGCGGAGAAAGCAGAACAGGAGAAGACCCGGGAACAGAAAGAAGUGGAUUUGAUUCCUAAAGUUCAGGAGGCUGUGAACUAUGGUUUACAAGUAUUGGACAGUGCAUUUGAGCAACUGGAUAUAAAAGCAGGAAACUCAGACUCUGAAGAAGAUGAUGCUAAUGAACGGGUGGAACUGAUCCUUGAACCAAAGGAUCUAUACAUUGAUCGUCCUUUACCUUAUUUAAUUGGGUCAAAGCUAUUCAUGGAGCAGGAAGACGUGGGUCUUGGAGAGUUGUCUAGUGAAGAAGGUUCAGUAGGCAGCGAUCGUGGCAGUAUUGUGGACAGUGACGAAGAGAAUGAAGAAGAGGAGUCAGAUGAAGAUUUUGCCAACCGUAGUGACAAUGAUCAAAACCGGCACACUGCACAGAUGAGUGAUGAAGAGGAGGAGGACGAUGGUUGUGACAUUUUUGCUGACUCUGAGAAGGAGGAGGAAGAUACUGAGGACACUGAAGAAAAUACUAGACCUACAAAAAGUAGACCUACAUCGUUUGCUGAUGAGCUGGCUGCUAGAAUCAAUGGGGGUGCCUGGAGCCAGAAAGAAGAGGAGCAGAUAAUCUUGUCUCCAGGAGAAGCAAAACCUCGGGAGACAGUAAAAGAGAAGAAGGAAAGAACUCCCUCAGAUGAUGAAGGCGAUAACUUCUUUGUGCCCCCCAAGCUGACUGAUGAAGACUUCUCACCAUUUGGCUCCAGAGGCGGCCUGUUCAGUGGAGGGAAGGGACUUUUUGAUGGGGAGGAAGAGAGCGACCUCUUCACGGAAGCGCCUCAGGAUCAGGAAGCUCGAGCCUCCAUUAAUGCAGCAUCUUCAUCCUCAAUACCUGCAAAGAAAAUCCCAGCAGGAGCUGUUUCGGUAUUUUUAGGGGACACUGAUGUGUUUGGUGCCACCUCUGCUCCGUCACUGAAGGAACCCCAGAAGCACGAGCAGCCCACCGCAGGGCAAAGCCCAUACCUUGCAGCGCCCACUGGCCUCUUUGAUGAUACUGAUGACGACAACACCUUUUUUGCAGCAUCAUCUAGCAAGUCUUCCAUGACAGAAAAAGUCACAUCCAUUGCCAAUAUCUUUGAUGAUGAGGAAGGAUAUCUGUUCAAAGACAAAGCAGUGGCUUUGCCAGAAGCUACUGUGAAUCAGACAGAUGAACACCAAGCAAGAGCAAAAAAAAAGAUUGCCAUAUCUUCCAGCAAAAAUCUCAAGCUCUCAUCAGAAACAAAGACUCAGAAAGGCUUAUUUUCAGAUGAGGAGGACUCUGAGGAUUUGUUUUCUUCUCAAAAUGUGAGUAAGCCGAAAGAUGCAUCUCUCCUGCCCAGCAAACCCCCAAUGUCAGCCUCAUUUUUCGAUGAUGAAGAUGAAGAGGAUAAUCUUUUUGGGACUACAGCUGGUAAGAAACAGACAUCAUCUCUACUAACUCAGAGUCAAGAGAAAUCAAAAUCCUCUGAGCCCUCUAGAAAAAAAGCAUCUGCCUUAUUGUUCAGCAGUGAUGAUGAGGAGGACCAGUGGAAUAUUACUGAUUCACAGACCAACUCAUCAUCUGAUAAUAGGUCUAAAGGAGAACUUCGGGACUCUGGGACCACCCAGGUCCAGGAGGCCAAGGCUGUGAAAAAGACCAGCCUGUUUGAGGACGAUGAUGAAGAUGACCUGUUUGUUAUUGCUAAGGACAGCCGAAAGAAGACCCAGAGAGUAUCACUGCUCUUCGAAGAGGAUGCCGAUAGUGGAAGUUCUCUGUUUGGCUCUCCUCCUGCAUCUGUUCCUCCUGCAACAAAGGAAGGACCUUUGACACUCUCUUCUCAGCAAGCAGCCAAGCAUUCUGAUUUACUUUCUUCAUCUUCCCCAUUGGACAAAGGAACCAAAAAUAGAACCAAAACUGUUCUUAGCCUAUAUGAUGAGGAAGAGGAUAAAACAGAGGAUCAGAGCAGCAUCCAAGUGCCAAAGAGAGUAGGAACGGGCUCCAAUCCUGAUGCCUGGCCCAAAAGCACAGGUGUCUUUCAGGAUGAAGAACUCCUUUUCAGUCAUAAGCUCCAGGACAAUGACCCAGAUGUUGACCUUUUCUCCAGCACCAAAAAAACCAGGUUCUUAGAGCCAAGUGUUGGGAGCCUUUUUGGGGAUGAUGAAGAUGACGAUCUGUUCAGCUCUGCCAAGUUGAAGCCUUUGAUACCUGAAAAGAAGAAGGUAGUGAAAAAAGACCACUCUAUUUCCUCUUUUAAGAAUGAGAAACAUCUUGAGUCCACUCAAGGUAUCAAAGAAAAAAGUGAAUGGAAACUGGAAACACCUCAGGACUUACCAGAUCCCGUUCCAUUUAAAACCAAAGAGCCAUCCCCUCGGAUCUGGAAAAUACAAGCAGAUUUAACGAUUAAUCCAGCAGCCUUGCUACCUGCAGUGACUCCGCAGAUCUCUGGAACAAGACCUGUUUUGCCUGAAUUGGCUUUCCCUUCAUCUGAACCUGGGAGGACCCACAGUCUGGGAAAUAUGCCCACUCUUUCUGGAAGUGGGGAGGCCGGUGUGAGUUUUGAUCUUCCAGCUCAGGCAGACACUCUACACAGUGCAAACAAGAGCCGAGUCAAAGUCAGAGGGAAGCGCAGACCACAGACCCGCGCGGCUCGGCGGUUGGCUGCCCAGGAGUCCAGUGAGGCUGAGGACAUGAGUGUCCCCAAAGGAUCUGUUGCACAGUUGGCAGAUGGCACCAUUUCACCAGAUCGCUGUCAGCCACAGCCCACAGCUGGUGGAAAAGACUCUGAGGAAGCUGUGGCAACUGCUACUCCACCUUGGGCAGGUGGUCCCGUGCUUGGAAUGGACGGAAACUCCUUUGCAAAAUCUUUGGGUCAGCCUCAUAAGGAUGAUAUUUUUGAUUCUGAAGACAUUUUUUCCAAGGGCUCUGGUUCUCAGUCCACUGGGAGAAAAACAGUCUUGGUGAAGGCAGCAGAGAGCCUUGCUACACUUCCAGGGGGAAGUAAAGAAAAGAGCUCCGUGUUUCCUGCUCUAGGUGAGGCAGGCAGUGAUGAUGAUCUCUUUCAGUCUGUUACACCAAAACCAACAAGGAAAACAAAUCCCUUCCCUCUCCUGAAAGAUGAGGAUGAUCUCUUUAUAGACCAGAAGGGUAAGAAAAAUGAGUCAAAAUCCAACCAUCAACAGGAUGUCAUCUCAAAAUCACAAGAUAUUUUUGAGGAUGAUAUAUUUGCUACAGAAGCAAUUCAACCCUCACAAAAAACAAGAGAGAAGGAAAGAACAUUUGAAUCCAACUUGUUUGAUGAUAAUAUUGACAUCUUUGCUGACUUAACUGUAAAACCAAAAGAAAAGUCCAAAAAGAAAGUGGAAGCCAAGUCUAUAUUUGCUGAUGAUAUGGAUGACAUAUUCUCCUCUGGUGUCCAGGCUAAGACAACCAAACCGAAAAGUCGAUCCUCACAGGCAGUGCCUGAACUAAAAUCUGAACAGAAGGUGUCAAACAUAUUUGAUGAUCCCUUGAACGCUUUUGGAGACCAGUAGAAUGAACGGGGUAUCAUAUCUAAUCCUUCAGCUACAUCUUUGAGUUAAUGAUGCUAUCUUAGGUGCCCAUUGUCUUAACUGAACUAUAUAAGCAAAUACUGAAACAGCUAGCUUACCUCUUAUCCAGUGUACUUUGUAUUUUUCUGCAGUGGUUUUAAUCAUGGCCUAAUACUGCAAAACAAAAAUAAAUGUUUCACAAUGUUGUUGUG